CUCAGGUUUGUCUAGUUGGUGGUCGGUGAUUAGGUUCCCUUCUAAACGUUCUCCUCUCAGCUUGCAGCUCGAGCUGUAUCAGGUCGUGCCGCCAAGGCCCUCGCGUUGUCCCUACAGCUCAGGACAGCAGCAGGUUCGGCUAGAGGUAUGUCCCAUCGCUCGGACACUGAGGAUGCACUCUCCGGUCCGGAAAUCCCCGCCAGGGCUUCGGAUCGAGGCAGCAUGCCGUCAUACCGAGUAUGGACCAUUCCCAGGUUGAUGGAGGAGUUAAGGAGAAGGGACAUCCCCUUCCCAGCCUCUGCCAGGAAGGGCGAACUGUAUAACCUGCUCACUACCGACUAAGCCACCAGGGGCAGUCAGGAAGCUGUCCAGACUCAGGCGUCAAGCGCCUCGCUGUCCCAGCUUCAUACUAUGAUGGCAGACGUCCUAGCGUCAGUCGCUGGCUUCCAGGCCAGACUGGACCUUAUGGACACCUCCAAGAGUAGCGAGUCUGCUCCCAGUACAGCAGCUCCCACGGCUUCUACCUCACAGGCUACGCCUACAGGUACUACCAGGAGCAGAUCGAACCGGAACCACGGUCCAGCAACUGACGGCCUAGCCACCUACUCAGCAGUGGCUAACGCUCUUAUCCGAGGUUCCUUAGCACCCAGCACGAUUCGGGCUUACGAUUCUGCUCUGGCAUCUUUCACUACCUUCAUGCACAACUUAGGUCUGUCUGCCACAAUCUCGGUGCAUUCUUCCCUAGCGUUCAUUGGUUUUUGCCACUCCUCCUUACACUUGUCCCACAAUACCAUCAAGCUGCACCUCACGGGUCUUCAGCACCACAGGUCCUUGUUGCACCCUAACACACCGUCACUGCUUUCUGCACGUCCCAUCAAGGCUGCUCUCAGAGGUGUGUCACUUUCUUCCCUUCACAGGUCACCUUCCCGCACACCGGUCACCGGGGACCUCUUCAGGGCCAUGUGCACCCUGCUAGACACUCACCCGUUCGGUUACCACCUAAGUACGGUCAUCAAAGCGGCCAUUCACCUCGCUUUCUAUGGCUUUCUCAGGCCCGGUGAGUUCACGCGUCUCGAGCACAGAUCACCGGGCCUGACCCUGGGCCAGCUGUCGCCUAGUGGCUCAGGUUUCACCCUCUCUCUGCUAGCCACCAAAACCUGCAGGUGGGGAGCGUCCGUCCGCUACUUUCCUGUGUCACAUCGUUGGUGCCCGGUAGCUGCCCUAUCGGCCUUACUGGCCAUGUUGUCGGGGCGAGCGGCAGACGGUCCUCUUCUACCUCUUGGUGGCCAGGCUUCAACGUCAUCACAGUUCAUCAAACACGUCCGGUCACUCAUCACCAUGUUGGGUAAAGACUCUGCACGCAUCUCAGGGCACUCAUUCAGAAUUGGCGCGGCCUCGGCUGCUUCUAGACACAACGUUCCAGCUCACGUGAUCAAGAAGCUGGGUCGUUGGAGUUCUGCUUGCUUUGACCGUUAUGUGCUCGACCCUUCAUUGGAAAUGGCAAAUGUAUUUAAGAUACUGGCUCUGUAAACUAAAUAAAAUCAAGUUGCACCCUAUUUCUGACUUUUUGCCCUCUAUAGGCAUACCCACGGUCGCGGUACUUUGGGCACACUUCAACCGCUGUUUCCUUACUUCUUCUUAUGUUCCAGGUUCCAUAGGAAUUCAAGACUUCGCUAAAGGAUUUGUAAAACUGCAAUGCCUGUGGAAGAUGGCACUAAUUAAAAAGCGCCAAAAAAUACCCUAUGUGACGGAAGCCAUACUAUGAACACUGGCUGUAUUGGCCGCAUCUGCCUGAACUCUAGGAUGGACUGAGAUGGUGGAUUGUCGGUAUGCAAUCACGUGGGAUAAAAAAAAAGAAAAAGAAACAUAAUAGUAUGAUAUUAAUUUAUUAGGUGUUUAUAGGGUACAAUGUACAGUUAACAAUUAAUGACAAUAAAAAAGCAUAAUACAAAAAGAAGAAAAUUUAAAGGCAGUGAAUAUUUAAUAAGAAUGUUCAGUUACAAACACAAUGGGGGAGAUUUAUCAAAUCCUGUGCAGAGGAAGAGCGGUGCAGUUGCCCAUAGCAACCAAUCAGAUUGAGGCCUGUGAAAAAUGAAAGGUUAUUUGAUUGGUUGCUAUGGGC